AUGUAUCGCACUCGUUAUUUAGUUAGCGGAUCACCCCAUUGUUACUUAGAGACCACGAAAAAAGCAUGGGCGGGGCCGCUAUCGGCUCUUGCAUCUCUCCCGAUGAAACAAGCUGCCUAUCUAGAUACAUGCCUCCAACGCGAGGGCGCCGCGGCGUCCGACAAUGGACCCUCGGCCGUCGGCGGCAGGGUACGGUUUCCGCUGGCGGGCGCGGUCGGAGCUUAU